GUAAAUAAAGUAGAUGACAAACAUGGCGGUUAACGUCUACACUGCCUUCAUUUGGGGGCUCCAAUUAAUAAUUUUUCUUAAAUUAUUUUCGCCAACAACAUCAGCAAAAGCCUCAUACAAAGUAAUCAAUCCCAAUAAAAUCAGUGCAUCCUAUGAUGAAAGUUUAGCUCUCAAGUUUGCUUCCCAUCCAAGAUACCGUCGUCAAGCAGACAGCUCUGCCUCUACAAUACCUGUAUCACCUGACCAGUCUAGUCCUGCUCAGACAACAGCACUACCUGGAAGUAGUAGACCAAAUGUAGAUGUUACGGCUAACAGCAGCACAACACCUUUGUCUACUACCUUCAAACCCUCCACUGUGGCUGGCUCAACUGUUUCUAGCACUACCCCACUCAACAAAGCAAGUGACGCAGCAACUACCAAAGCUGCGUCUACUACAGUAGAUCCAUUUUUUGAAUCUGAUAUUAUACAUGACCAUCAUGAUUACUAUGAAACUGAUGUCCUUAAGAACAAGGUUUCAGAGUACUGGCAAGAACUGGCAGACACCCCUCGUCACGAGACCUUGUCCACAGGUCAUCGUGUAGCAGCUGUAAUUGCACUUAAGUUCCCAUUUCACUUCUAUGGCCAUGAAGUAAAGAAUAUAACCAUAGCCACUGGAGGUUUCAUCUACAUGAGCCCAUUCUUACAUCAGUGGCUAACUGCUACUCAGUACAUCGCCCCACUCAUGGCCAACUUUGAUCCUUCUUUAAGUAAAGAAUCUGGUGUCUACUACAAGAAUGAUGAAACCAAGUUUACAGUAGAGUGGAAGAAUGUGAUGCUGAGGGAUCAGAACAACAGUGGUUUAUUUAACUUUCAAGCCAUUUUACAUAAAGAUGAUACUAUUCACUUUGUUUACAAAUCUGUGCCAAUUCCAAUCCGUAGUAUUUCCACUGAUGAGCAUCCAGUCAAAGUUGGACUCUCGGAUGCUUAUUAUAAUGAUACUUAUGUCCCAGAGUACAAGAUCAAGAGAAGGACAAUUUAUGAAUAUCACAAAGUGCUAAUAAGGACGGAAGCUGUUACAUCGGGAUCUGUUGUGGUUUUAAAACCUCUACCCACAUGCAAUCGUCUAUCAGACUGUAAAAGUUGCAUCGAGCACAAAAAUGUUGCCUUUGACUGCAGAUGGUGUAACACCAUUGGGAGAUGUUCAGAUGGACUGGACUGGUACCGCCAGCACUGGGACAGGGAAGGAUGCCAGCAAUCACUGACAAAUGAAUCGGAUGUAUGCUCAUCUCUUCCUAUGCCUACCAAGCCUAUAACAGACCCCCAUGCCUCACAAAAUGAUUGUAACAAAUCUAAUGAUACUGAAGAUUGUGAAAAUCUUCCUCCUCCGGAAAAGCCUUUAACAGAUUCUGUCCAAGACAGUACUGAUCAAACAUGCCAGAAUGGCAACUGUAAUGUGAAGAGUGACUUCCCAGUUGCUGUAGUAGUGAUUGUGGUCCUUAUCAUUGCUGCACUUCUGGCAUCUAUGGCAGGCUGGGUCUACUAUGCUUACACUCACCCAACAUCUAAAUCUGGCAUGUGGCUCAUGGAGCAUCGUCCAAGUCAGAUGAGGGCUAAUAUAAAGUUCUGGAAGAGCAGCUCAGAUGCUGGCACCAAGUACAAGGUUGAAAGUGAAACUUAAGGAUUCCUAACUGACUAAUAUUUGAGUUAAGAAGGAUGUUAACUAAAUCUCAUUUGUUACAAUAUCAGUUUGGCUGGAGGAAUCCAGUACUAGUUUGUUACAAAAAUAUUAGGAACAAACAACUAAAGUAUGUUUUUAUAGUAUUGGGCAAAAUUAAACUAAAUAUGAAGCAAAACUUGAAAAUGUUAUAACUAAAUGAUGGCUCAGUUUUAAGUUACCUUGCUCUGUAUGUGUUACAUGUUUCAUUUCCAUCGUUGGUUAAAGAAGGUAUUGCAGACAUUUCAAACGAAGCUAUUGUGAUAUAUUUCUAGUUGUGCAUCAGCCAUUUUCAUUUUUUAAAUAUUUUCUCCUAAUUCAAAAUACUGUUUUUAAAAUAACUAGCUUAUUAUCAGAACUUUUAACCCUAGAUUUAGUAUAACUAUUGCUGUGAGUAAACACCUUAUUAAGAUCUAGUUGUUGCAUAUUAUCUAGCCAUUCUUCCUCAUUAUUCUGCUGAAGAUCCAAAUCAUUUUUUUAGGUCUUAGCCUGUCUUGAAUUGACCCACUCCUUUUUUUCUCCAAAACAUUCAUAACCUGCAAUUUUAAGGGACAAUUCCAAGUAGGAUGGUAGUCAUUUUUUUAAGUAAAAAUGUUUUUGCAAUCAAAAUGCCAUGAUUAAGGCUAUCACUGAAAGAUCACAAUCAAAUUCUAAUUUUAAGCAAUUAAUCUCAAAAUGUCCUUGAAAUUUUCCAUUUAAUGACUUUAAAAAUGUUGUCUUCUAAUCAAUAUGUACUUAUCAGUGUAUUUAUUCUUUGUUGAGCAAUGUAUUAUCAUGUGUAUAUAUCUUGUAUCUAGUAGCCAGCUGUACACUUGUAGCCGCUGUGAUAAAGCAUGGGUGUGGGGGUGGUGACAGUAUCAUUCAAUCUCAUUUUUUUUGGCUGGGAUUAUUUUACUCAUGUAUGUGGAUUUAUACAAGCAUACGUACACUCUAGGUUUUUGCUUGAGCCUAAAUUUUAUUACAUUUUUGCUUGCUCCUGUGGUUAAGUUGUACUGCAUUCAACAAAACAUUAAACACUUUUAUUCUUAGAGCCCUAUUUUGGUGAAUAACUUGAUAAUUUACCACAAAACUGGUAUCUUUUUCUUGAUCUAAACUAAUAUAUACUUCUUUAUUAUCAAAGACCCAAACAUGUGCUUCUUUGUUCUCAAAUGUUUAAGCUAGCAUGUACUAGCGGCACUGUGAGGAAAAGUUGGGCUCAAUUUUUGUUGUCAUUGUUUUUAUAAGCUUUAAGUAAAAAUUAAAAAUUUAUAAUCCUAUCCGUCUUUCACACCUGCCAGUUGAUUGCGGGUGUUUUAUUUGAAAUUGUCUAGUAUGAUUCAAGCCAUGUCUUGUUAUAUAAAUGCAGCUAUGUCUGAUGAAGGUUUUCUAACUUUGUUAAAUGUGUAUGAUAUGAACAACCACUUCAAGGAAUCUCAAAUUCUCUAUGCUUUCUGUUUGAUAUUUUUAUGCCUCAUUUUCCACUGCUUGACUUCAAAUUUAUAAACUUGCAUAGCUUUAGACAUCUAUAUUUACUACUUUAUUUAUGUAUAAUCAAAACUGUACUUUGAUUUAUGAAUCUCUUUCAUUUUAUAUUUCAACCAUAUCAAGAGAGUUUUUUCCACAAUUAUACAAUAUACAUUUGCUAUGCCUGAUCAUAAUGGCUAAUUAGCUUCAAAGCACAAUCAAACACAUUUUAAAUUAUAUAAAUAACCUAAAAUGUAAUUAAUAUUUUAUAAACAAGGCUGUAUAAAUUAUAUAUUUAUAUAUAAUAUAGAUACAUAAUUUACACAUGGGCAAUAUUUGUCAACUAAAACCAAUGAAGCUGGUCACAAACCUAUUGAAGUAUUACAAACUUGUUUUUACUUUAGGGAAUAAUAAAAAAAACUUUGAAUUAAAGAAUAUAAUGCAUUAUUUUUUUUUUAAUCUGCUAAGUUCAUGUGUAUAUUAUUUACAGUGAUGUAUCUAAUUACAUCCAGUAAGCUUAGUUUUCUAUUUUUAAACGUGACAGGUUUUACUAGCAUAAUUUUUAAUACCAGAUAUUUUUUAAAAUGUAGUUUUUGAACAGAUUAUUAUAAUAAAUGAACUAGAUCUGUUUGUAUUUGCAAUUGUCUACUACAUUCCAACAUGUUUUCUGUAUAUGUUCCUAUACAUAUUUAUCAAGAUCUAUGUAUUUCAAAAUUUGAAAUAUUUUUAUUGUUUAUGCUUCACAUUUUUUCUUUUCAAAUACUUUUUUUUUUAGAUAUGGCAGAUAUUUAUUUGAUCAAAUUUCAGUUGUAUUUAUUGCUCAAUUUUUUUAUAACUUGAUAAAAGGAUGUUUUUUUUAGUUAACAAAAUAACAGGCAGAAAAUUAAAAAAACUUGUUUAGUAGUUGCCCUUUGACAAGCUCUGUUAAAUGUUAGUUGUAGACCAUUGCCCUCUCUGGAGUCAUAUUUUAUUUCUUUAUUUGCUUUUCUUUUAAAAGCAUUUCAAAGUGAUUGUGUAUGUAAAUAUUUAUAUAUAAAGAUAGAUGUAACCUUAAGUAUGUUUUACUAUAUAUGAAAAUAUUCUUUUAUUAUUGGCUAUUACGUUUGUUACCUUCACUUUUGAAAUUUUUAAGUUAAAAUUAAAUUCUUAUUUUGUGCAUAGUAGAUUGAAAUUAAAUUUACCAAAUGUUUAAAUUCUCCCUAUCUAAAAUAUGAAGCAUACAAAAUAUCAGUUGUGCUCAAUUUGUGUAUAACACUGCAUAAUGACUUUUUUUGGCAUGGAUUUAUGAAUGUAUUAUUGUUAAGAGAAAAACAAUUCUACUUGAUAGCUUGGCAGAAUUUUUUAGUUUCACUACUUUAUAAACCUAUACAAGAAUGAUUAAAUAAACAAUUUGCAUUUGUAUUCUUUCA